AUUGCCAAAUUUUAAGAACAUGCAGCCUAGAGUUGCGCUGUUGGAUGAAUAGUUGCGGGAUGUACUUCGGUUACGUUUUCAAAAAGAAAAAGAUAUUGGGAUUUUUGUCUUGUGUCGUUCAUGUAGUUGUUUGAUUGUUCUCAGGUUCAUUUGACCGACCAUGUGUCUUGCUGACGGAUCGCCAAUGCCCAUAACUGCCAGUCUUCCAUAGAAUAAGACAGCUUAAAGCAGGAAGAUCAUUGGUAUAAAAGUCACGAAGCGUACAAAUCAUGUACUGGCGUAUAAAACAAGACGUAGACUGAAAAUCUAUGCUUUGCCUUGAAACGUAUGCUCAGUUUCCUGAUUGAAAAAUAGAAAUUAUGCCUUCCUUUUGAAUAUUUUUAGACGUUUAGGUGCUUAGUUUUUUCCAUUUUAAAUCUGUUCGUAACGCAUUGCUGAGUCGUAGAAUACCAUAAGAGUAUUUAUUUUGGGUGGCAAGUCACAUGUGCCGACUGCUGCAUGCUCGACGUAUGUCCCAGCCACGCCGGUGACGUGUGGCGUCCCAGAGCGCCGGUGCUUGGUGGCACGCGUGCUGUAAGGAGAGAAGUCGCCGCUGGUGGCGCGCGCCGGGCCGGCCCAGCACGCCGGCGCCCGGCCGCGCACCUCCCGCGAGGAGCUCCGCCAGCUCUGGAGGAAGGCCAUCCACCAGCAGGUGCUGCUCAACAGGAUGGAGCGCGAGAACGCUCGCAUCACCGGUGAGCAGAGGCGUGUGGCCGAGCGGGUGCGGAGCGGGGAGCGGGUUAUGUACGCCGAGAUGCCGCCGUGCGCCGCUGACGUGAAGACCGGCUGGCGCCAGAUGAUCGACGGCUGGCGGUCGGGCGCGCGCGUCCAUGCUGACGACCUGGAGGAGCUGGUGUUCCGAGGCGUCUCGAUCCGGUCACGGGCCGACGUCUGGCAGCUUCUUGUGUAUCACCACCGGCUGCAUCACUCACCGCCAUCUGUCGAGCAUGUCGACAACUACGACGCCUCAUACCUGCAGCUCAUUAAGCAGCUGACCAGUUUCCAGCGGGAGAUUCUCACCGAUCUGGGUCGGACGUUUCCUCAUCACCCGUACUUUCGGAGCCCGUUCGGCUCCGGCCAGCUGGAGCUCUUCAACGUGCUGAAAGCCGUUUCGCUGCUGGACCCCGAGCUGGGCUACUGCCAGGGCCUCGGCUUCAUCGCUGGUAUUCUCCUCCUGCACAUGCCGGAGCAAGAGUCGUACGAGCUGCUAAAGCACAUGCUAUUCGCGCUGGAGCUGCGGAAGCAGUUCAUGCCGGACAUGUCGCCGCUGCAGAUCCAGAUGUACCAGUUCUCGCGGCUGGUUCACGACCACCACAGCGAGCUGUACGACCACCUGGAGCGGUACGAGGUGUCGCCCAUGCUGUACGCCACGCCUUGGUUCCUGACGCUCUUCUCGUCCCAGUACCCCAUCGGGUUUGCCGCCCGCGUCUUCGACCUGAUCCUGCUGCUCGGUCUGGAGGCCGUCUUCAAAGUGUCGUUGGCACUGCUGGACGUGCAUCAGGAGGAGCUGAAGAAGCUGCAGGGCAUGGAGGAUAUUAUGGAGUACAUCAAGACCGAGAUGCCGCAGCUCGGCCAGGCCAGCGCCCAGCAGGUGUUCAAAAAGGCCGUGGAGCUGGAUAUCGGCCGCCAGCUGCUGUCGUACGAGGUGGAGUACCACGUACUCCAGGAGGAGGUGCUCGCCUCGCCCUCGCACGCCGACAGCGACCUCAACAAGCUGGGCGCCAUGAACCAGAACCUGAAGCGCCAGGUGAUGGAUUUGCUGCAGCAGCUCCAGACCUCCAACGACCAGGUCAAGAGCCUGACGGAACGCAACAAGGCAUUGGAGAGUCGCGCCGCUCAGCUGGAGGCGCAGCGCUCCGACCUGGUGACAUUCGUGCGCUACCUCAGCCUGCACACGCCCGACCGGCUGGCCAUCCCGCAGCCGUUCCAGCGGUACCUGGCCGACCAGGCCGAGCCGGCCGGCUCUGUGGCGCGUGACCCGCUCAACUGCGCCGUGUUCGAGCCGGGCCCGGCGGCGCGACCUCGGCGCGACCGCCCGCUGCCGCGCUCCAGCUCUGUCGAUUGCGACUAAGCCGGGUGAGGGAGGGGGAGUGGUCCGGGGACGGGGCGACUGAUCGGCGGGCGAGGGAGAGUGACUGUAUCGGUGCGACUCGGUCCAGACUGGGACCGAACAGAGGAUUGGUUGUGUGUGCCCGGCACUGGUCGAUCAGUGGCGAGCGUGAGGUCGGAGGGUGUUGUCACGGCUCGAUGCUCCCGGAUGGUGGGUAUCGGUCCAAUUCUGUGAACUGUGACUGGUCAGGGGAGAGAGGUUUGCUGUCCUGGUCCGACGGAGUCAGCCGUGACUGAUAAGGGAAAGAGGGGGGGGGGGGGACAGGCUGUCCCAGCACAGCUCUGUCGACCGUGGCUGAUCAGGUACUGACGCGCCUCCUCCGGUCUGAUCCGGACUGGUCUGUCCUGCUCUGUUGCGGUCCGGUCCGGUAGGGUCCGGUCCAGUCCGGUCCGGCUGGGGCUGGAGCUGGUGUGCUCAGAACGAGCGGUGUGCUCGUGCCGCUGGUCAGGGGCCGGCGGCCGCCGUGGGGAACACCAACCGGACAGUGGCCGGGUGAUAUGCCAGCUAGUCGGGCCCUCUUGCCGACCGUGACGCGCGGUCCGUGUCUGUGUGUGUGUAGGGCAGGGGGAGGCCAGUAUGGCGCAGCGGCCGACGCCGUCCGGACCCCGGUCAGUGUUGUGGCUGUGUGACGCGCUCGUAGCUCGUGGCUCGCGAACUGUAUCGCUUACACGCUCGACAAGCUAUCAGCAGUUUUAAAAGACGCCGUCUUCCCUACACAGCCUUAUGUGCGUGACGCUUCGUAGCCUGUUUACUCGUUUUAGUUUUGCUUUACCCUCCUACGUGAAAUGAUACCGUUUUACUAUUUAUUCCACCUUCUUCGUAGGCGAGGGGUGCUGUGCGGGGGCGCAGGCACGCCUUUGGAAAGGCCUGUGCGCCGCACGCGCCCGCCCCGUCCCUCAGUAUUCCCCGCCCCUUGAGUUAUACCUCUGCGUUUUCGCUGACGACAACGAGAUGAGCUCGUGCACCCGGCGUCACGGGGCGAUGGUGACCGUUUCGGAGGAGGUCCGUCGAGCACGCCUAGUCCCGGCGUCGGUUCGUGUUGCGUGCGCGUCGGGCCGCCGGUCGGCCGACCCCUCGGUGACCCCCGGAGUGUUGGCUGAGCGGGAGCAACGGCCGCCUGCAUGUUGGGACGUUUAUGUGCGAAAUAUACUAGUUCGUAAGAAA